CUGGGCUUGGCGCAGCGGCACAAGAUGCGGCGCUCGAGCCUCCCGGGCGCUCGGUCACCGCGCCGAAAUGGGCGCGGGCAGAGUCGCCGCCGCCUACAGCCAGACCGCCUCUGAACAGGAAGCCGUGCGCCGGGCGCGGAGGCCCGCCCCCAUGUAGCGAUGAGCCCGCCAGCCCCAGGGACGGGCGCGAGGGGCGGGGGAGAGGGCGGGGGAGAGGGCGGGGGAGAGGGCGGGGGAGAGGGCGGGGAAGCGGGGCUGCAGCUGCAGGGAAGCUGCGCCUCUGCCACUGAUCAGAGGCCGCUUCGCCAGGUAGCUGCAGCGUCCAUGUUGACGGCCCAAAGCGGAAGUCGCUAGGCAGAACGGAAGGGGAACCUGCAGGGGGACUCCCGA